GGCGCACGGCAUGUCUCUCUGCUGCCCCCUGUAGGGUGAAGCGGGAACAACCCGCAGGAACGGCACAUGGAGAACAGUCACUUCCCGGAACCGCAGAGGUUCGGUAUGAGCUGCUGGAAGACAUAGAAAGAAUGGAAGAAAACUUUUGUCCCAUGAGCGGAGAGUUGUCGUUGUUUUCUUGAGGACUGGUGUCGCUGCGCUGAAGCUCUGGGCUGGUAGAAGAAGCAGAUCCCGUUUUUUUCUGACUUAGAAGAAGAAAGCUAAGUUGGAUUCUUACAUCAUCAUACCACAGCUGCACGAUGGAUGCAAACACGACUUUCAUGGAAGAAAUGGAAGAAUGCAAUCAGACAAUUUCUCUGGACACCUUCUUUCAUUUUUCGCUCAUUCCAGCUGUGCUGAUUGCAGGAGUGCUGUCAUUCCUCCAAACUCGAGGCCGUGAGCUCUUCAUCGACAACAGGGUGCCCUUCCUGGGAAGACGUUUUGCAGUGGUGGUGCCUUUGGACACUUUGAGCAGCUUCAGUAACCGCUGGUCCUACGGCUUUGCAUUUGGUGCCAUGGCAAACAUGGCAUUUGUGUUUUUUCGCCAAGAAUUCCGGCCUUUUAAACUUCCUUCAUGGGCAAUAGCUAUAGAAAUCCUGCUUGGAGCUUUAGAAUUGGGGCUGGUGUAUUUCCCCUUUUUUGCCUGUCUGUCAACACCAUUUCGGCUGCCUGGAUCGGUGAUGGGCAUACUUUACUCUGUGUUCUGGAUUGCCAUCACAGUCUGGGAUGUAGUCACCUGUCCUAACGUUUGGGUGAAGGAUUUUGCAAAAAGAGAGAGGAUCAUUUUCCAGUGGCCCUCCAUUCUGUCUCUCAUCUUCCUGCUGGGACAAUAUCUUCACCUGCUUCUCAUAGACAUCCGGAUUCGAUUAAACCUGGCAGAAAAGGAAUCAGACACCCUGGUUGUCACACACCAAGUGCAGCAUGUUAAGAGGUUGCUUGGCAGAGGAAGCGAGCAAAGUAAACCAUUCAGCUGGUUCCAGAGAUGGGUGUAUGAGUGGGACCCCUUCUUCAAGUUCCCAACUCGGAUCAUUGGCACGGUCAUCAUAUCCGUCAUAGGCCUGUACAGGCUGACUUCUGAAGACCUCUUUUGGAGUUAUACUAUCUUCGAUUUUCUUUCAAAUCUCUAUGACGAAGCAUGGUAUGUGGAGUUCAUGGAAGUUGUGAAAGUUUCAUGGUUUGCCGCCACCAUCUUGACUUGUCUCACUUCAUGCGGCUACAUUCUCCACAUCUUGGCGUGUUACAGGAAGCAUCUGAGGAGAUUUAGGACUGGACAGAAGAGCUUUCUUCCAUUGAAGCUUCAAAAUCCCAAGGCUGCUUUCUGUUUAGCUUCCAUUGCUCAGUAUUCUGGAUGCCAGAUAGCAUUUACUUUGUGGGGCUACGUUAUUGUCCAUGUUGUCCUUUUCUUGUUUGCUGUGACUUUUGCAUAUGCAUUGGUUAUUCCCAUCAAGAAUGGCAUGGGGCUGUCCCUGCUCCAGACCUGGGGCACCGGAAUACUGAAUAUCGGGCUGAUCGUGGCUUUAAAAGCUGCUCAGGUAGUUUUCGUUCAGAUCUUCUUCCUCCAGGACAAAAUCUCUCCCACAGACAAACAGAAGCCUCUGUCUCUGAACAACAGGAAGGCAUUCAGUUUCUUCAGCUACUUCUUUUUUCUCUACAAUGUUGGAGUGGGUCUCACCGCAUGCAUACUAAGACUGCUGUUGAACAUGGUCAUUGGAACAGCACUGGUGUCUCGCAUUGACAGAAGCAUCAUGCAGAAAGGAUAUGAAAGGCUGGAUUUAGGUCACAUGACAUGGGUGGGGAUGAUCUUUGCUGAUCAUUACCACAACAACCCUGUCAUGCUGUGUUUCUGUCAGUUGCUGUGGUCCAACACUGUGAAGGACCAAAGGAAACCUGCAUAUUCCUUACUUCAUAACACUACGUCUGGAUCCUUUGUGAAAGUCCGAGCCUGGAAGCGCUGGAUGUUGUCUUACACCCUACUGAGGAACCCACAGUUGAUUCUGCUUCGGAAGCACCACCUGUCGUCAUCGUCCAAGCAGUCAGAGACGGCAGUGCAGGCUUGGGUCAUGGUGUCUCAGAUGCAGGGCCGUAUAACACAGGGCUCACAAUAGGACAGGGAUGCAUGUAAUUAUUUUGGACCAUGAGCAAAUCAUGUGAAGGGUUCUAUUACAAAUAUCCAUCCCAUAGUUGGCUCAAUCAUAUAAUCCUGGCUUGAUUGCACACAUUUAAUAGUCUCAUUUAACCCUUGUGCUAUUCUAUGACGGUAGGGUAGAACACGUCAAUGUGAGGGUGGGCCUCACAUUGACGUGUUCUCCAUACCAUGACAAAGGUGGAUGAAGGUGGAAAGAUUUCAUGUAAUCCAUGGACACCAGUGAAGAUCACAAAUCAUUGAAGAAAAAAGGUUCAGAGCACUGUCUAGUGGGUCUAGAUGACCCAACUCCCAAUGUUAAAGUGCCUAGGAUAGCACAAGGGGUGCUGCAUGCAGCAUGAGGUGCAUGGAAUUUCUGCUCUUAUGUACUUUCAUAAAGAGCUCACUAUUGCUGCAUUCAGGUCUGCUGGGAAUUUCUAGCAUUUGCACACAUUUAUCUCAGCACAAACACACACACCUGUUAUUUCUUGUCAUUGUAACUCUUUGAAAUGAGUAAGACGCACAACAACAACUGUCAGAACAAACAAUAAUGCAAAACGUGCAUACAUGCAUGUUUUUUCAAUGCAUGACAUUAAAAAAAUAUAUUUUUUGGUGUAUCACUAUUUUUAUUGUUUACUUUUCUGUUGUACAAUUAAAAAAAUAUGUGAUUUGAACAAGGUUAAUUUCUUCCAAAAUGUUCCUGUUGUAAAUAAAUGACCAAGACUAGAAAUAAACAAUUUGAUCUUGAAGUUCCUACAUCCCCAUUUAUGAAGUUAUGUUUCCAUAUGGCGAUCUUUUGUACCAGGGCUUGCUGGUUUGAUCGGGGCUGUUGCUGCUGUGCUUACCCUUGCUGGGGCAGCUGGGGCCCAGCAUCACAGCCUCAUGGCUGUGGUGUGAACCCCGUUGCUGUCUGGUGCGGGUGGGCGCUGUGGUGACAUUCUGUGGAUGAGCUGCUCCUGGUAUAACAGAUUCCAGACAUAUUGUUUCCUCACAGCAGAGCCAAGCCGUAUGUCUGUUUUAUUAUUAUAAUCAUUUCUUCCUGCCUGUAUGCAUAAAGUUUGGGGUCAUUGGGUGUAUGUAUGGCAGGGAGGGGAGGGAGGGCAAUGGGGUGGGUUGGGUUUUUUUCUCUUUUUUGCAUUUUGUUGAUUGUUUUUAAUUCUAAAGUGCUUUGAGCAGCAGGCAUGUUAAGAGCUUUUUAUAAAUAAAGUUUGAUUGAUUGAUCAAUCAGUUUGUUAAAUGAAAACCAAUCAGUAGCUGCGUUUACAUGGACUAAAGUAAUCAGAAAGAACGCCUGAUCUGAAGAAAAAUGCGUCAUGUAAACACUCCGUUCAAAAUAGUCUGCCCAAAUCAGACUCGUUUGGAUCAAAAUUUCUUUCUGAUGGAGAUAGGUGGGUUAUGCCGAUUGUUGAUCCGACCGUGCUGCAUGUAAGCGGUUCAUUCCGGUCGUGUGUCACUACUGCUCCACCUCAGGCCUGUAGGAGACGGUUGAGUCUGUUAUAGUCUUGUAACUGCUGUAUGUCUGUCAGUUCCUGACUGUCCCUCAAGGUGUCAGUGUAUGUACACACUCACACACACAGUAGUGUCAGCAAUUCAGCAAGUUGUUCUAUUUACAAUGAACCGUCUGUAAUGUUCAUUAUAGAUGAACUUUAACUAUGAAAGAUUUUUAAAACAAACUUGUGCAUUUCCAAGUUUGUUUCUAAAUUGUGAAAAUGUACUACAGGCAAAAUUACAGUUUUUUUCCAUAGAAUAUCAUUUUAGCACUAUAACGACUCAAUGCAGUCUCAGAUCAGUGUUAAAAACAAUGUAUCCGUUUUUUUUUUAAAUUAUCCAUUGUUUGACCCUGUAAAGCCCUCUAUAUCAAAGAAUUCAACAGAAAAUUCACAUUCUUGGAUUUCAAAUGUUUUUGUUUUUUUUUACUUUUGAAUAAAAUUCACAAAAGCAAA